CCCCUUCAGCCAGGACUGGUCCCGGGAGAGGGGCGCGGUCGGGGCAGAGCCAGCGGCUUCCCCGGGGGCUGGGCCAGGAGCUGCCCGGGGCAGGGACGCCUGGAGACCGGCCCCGGGCCAGUGUUCGCCCCAUGUCCCAGCGAGGGGGCUCCCGGCCGGGACCCGAGUCCCCGCCUGGGGUCUCUCCGCUGAGCGCCCCGCGGGACCGGGCAGCGCCCUCCGCAGCCCCCGCCUGCCGCCCAUGCCCCGGCCCUGUCCCCGCAGCGCCCGGCCCCAUGGACCGGCCCGGCCCGGGCUCGGGCAGCAGCUUCCCGGCGCUGAUCCGCAAGAAGCGGGACGGGGAGACGCUGCGGGAUGAGGAGAUUCGCCACUUCGUCCGGGCCGUGACCCGCGGGGGGCUCCAAGAGGGGCAGAUGGGGGCCAUGCUGAUGGCCAUCCGGCUGCGGGGCAUGGAUCCGGACGAGACGCUGACUCUGACCCGGGAGAUGGUGGUGUCGGGAAGGGUCCUGGAGUGGCCUGACAGCUGGCAGAGGCUCCUGGUUGACAAACACUCCACAGGGGGCGUGGGAGACAAGGUCAGCCUGCCCCUGGCCCCGGCCCUGGCUGCCUGCGGCUGCAAGGUGCCCAUGAUCAGUGGCCGGGGUCUGGGCCAUACCGGGGGCACGCUGGACAAGCUGGAGUCCGUGCCAGGGUUCAACAUCUCUCAGAGCUCCGAGCAGAUGAGGAGCAUCCUGGAAUGUGUGGGGUGCUGCAUUGUGGGGCAAAGCAAGGAUCUGGUCCCAGCAGACAAGGUGCUCUACGGCCUGCGGGACGUCACGGCCACCAUCGACAGCCUGCCCCUCAUCACAGCUUCCAUUCUGAGCAAGAAGGCAGCAGAGAAGGUCUCGGCCCUGGUGCUGGACGUGAAGUUUGGCAGCGCUGCCCUCUACACCAGCCUGGAGAGCGCCCGGACCCUGGCCCAGAGCCUGGUGUCGGUGGGCAGCCAGCUGGGGAUCUGCACGGUGGCCAUGCUCAGCAAGAUGGAUGGGCCUCUUGGGCAGCGCGUGGGCCACUCCCUGGAGGUGCUGGAGGCCCUGCAGUGCCUGGAGGGCCAGGGGCCGGCGGAUCUGCACCAGCUGGUCACCACGCUAGGGGGCUCUCUGCUAUGGCAGUGCGGGGAGGCUGGCUCGGUGGGGCAGGGCGCUGCCCGCAUCGCAGCCACGCUGGCGGAUGGCUCGGCGCUGGGGAAGUUCCAGGCCAUGCUGCAGGCCCAGGGAGUGGAGGCCGGCGUGGCCCGGGCCCUGUGCACAGGAACGGAGGAGCAGCGCUACCAGGUGCUCGGCAGGGCUCGGGCCCAGGAGGAGCUGCCCGCUGCCCAGGACGGCACAGUGCAGCGGGUCGAGGCCCUGCCCAUCGCCCUGGUGCUGCAUGAGCUGGGCGCCGGCCGCACCCAGAAGGGGCAGCCCAUCAACCACCUUGUGGGGGCCGAGCUGCUGGUGACGGUGGGGCAGCGCGUGGCUAAAGGUUCACCCUGGAUCCGGAUUCACUACGACACCCCGGAGCUCAGCAACGAUCAGAGACAGACCCUGCAGGAGGCGCUGGUCCUGGCAGGCUCGGAGCCCUUCCUGCCCAGCUGCAAGGUCGCAGAGGUUGUCCUGCCACAGGGCAGCCGGACACUGGAGGAGCUGACAGAGGAGCAGGGCUUGGGGAGCAGCCAGGAACUGCUCUGCUCCGCCUGAAGGGAGGGAUCCCCAGCCGCUGCCCCCAUGGACCCUCUGACUCCUGGACAGUGCAACUCGCCACCACCCUUCAGCCCCACGGCCAGCCCCUGCCAGCAUUAACGACUGGGCAAUAAAGCGUCUUGCUCUGCUA